AUGCAUCGCUAUUCAGCCGAUUUCGACGAUCACUCCGAUAAUGAGUCACCGGCCUCUGUCUCCAGCAAUGACAUCCUGAACCAGAACACCCGCAUUCUGUCAAGCAAGCUACCAAUGCAGAAUGACUGUGCCGUUGGCCAUCGUGUUCAGGCUUCUAGAUCUGUGCUGGCCGUGGCUCUAGACGAAGACUGUGUCUUUGCUGGCUUGCAGGGAGGCGACAUAUUGGCUUGGUCUCUGGACACCUACGAGCUAGUGCUAUCUGUUCCCGCCCAUGAAGAGAGUGUCCUGGCCUUGUUCCUUUCCAGUGAUAGGCAGCUCCUUUUUUCCAGCGGCGGAGACUCGGUCGUGAACGUAUGGUCGACUGUUACUUUUGAGAGGCUCUACUCCAUCUACUCGCAUCAUGAUGUUGGUGAUAUUUUCGCUGUUGUUUACUCUCAUAAUUUGAAUACUGUGUUCUGUGGUGGUCAAAAUACAAGUCUCCAGUGGUGCAAUUUGUCUACGAAUGAAGCUGGCGUAGUUGCACGGCAUCCCUCCCAACGGAGACAUCGAUUCUUUGACUCGCGAGGUCCUGGCGGCAGUAUCAAUCCGCGAUCAGAGGAUCACGAUGCCCAUGGCUUGGCUGAUCACAGGGGCAAAACGCUCACAUUCAAUCGCGACCAGCAUAGGCUAUUCUCCCAUCAUGGAUAUGUCUAUUCUAUGAUUCUUGUUCAUGGGCUGAUUGAGUCUGCCCCAUCUGAAGAAGUGCUAUUAACAGGGUCUGGAGAUGGGUCUGUCAAGUUAUGGCGGCUGACAGAUGAGAGCAAAGGCACUCUAGUUCCAUGGUAUGAACUGGACAAUGGAGACGACGCUGUCUUGUCCCUGGCUAUUGACGGUUCCCUCCUGUUUUGUGGCCUGGCUGGCGGUGCCCUUAAUAUUUGGAACCUCGAUUCACGGCAACUUGUCAAACAGAUUACUGAACACCAGGGUGACCUGUGGGCCCUUGAUAUUAUCAACGGUAUAGCAAUUGCUGGAGACGCCGAAGGAGUUGUUAAGAAAUUCAAUUCAAACUUUGAGGAGAUAGGAACCUGGACAGCUCACGAGGGCACUAUUCUCGCUUCCGCAACAGGUUUGUUCAACAACAGGGGCAUUUAUGCCACUGGCGGAAACGAUAAUACUGUCGCAAUCUGGGACUUGACGGGACACCCAGAACAGAAAGAGAGUCAACCCAUUGGAAAUGAUGACAUGGUUAAUACUCUGUUCAAAUUUGUCUCCUACAAGACCAUCUCAUCCAGCCCAAAAUUUUCCGUCGAAUGCAACCAAGGAGCUACAUUUCUGCGACGCCACUGUGCUUAUUUGGGAGCAACCACUAAGUUGUUGCAGACCGGUGCGGAUACCAACCCAGUGGUCUAUGCAAGAUUUUCGGCGUCUUCUCCUCGCUCAGAUGUCAAGACUAUACUAUUUUACGGCCACUAUGACAUCGUAGGCGCGGAUGUUAAUCGGCCCAAGUGGCGAACAGACCCCUUUCAGCUGGCUUCUGUAGAUGGAUUUUUGUAUGGCCGUGGUGUUUCCGACAACAAAGGUCCAAUCUUGGCAGCUGUGUACGCAGCAGCAGAUUUAGUUCGGCGCAAGACUCUCGGUUGCGAUGUCGUAUUUGUGAUUGAGGGCGAGGAAGAAUCGGGCUCACAAGGAUUUAAAAAGGCAAUCCGUGAAAAUAAAGACCUGAUCGGGAAAGUCGACUGGAUUCUACUCGCGAACAGCUACUGGCUGGACGACCAUAUCCCCUGUCUCACCUACGGACUUCGCGGUGUAGUCCACGCCAAUUUGAUUGUGACGAGCGAUCAUCCCGAUCUGCAUAGCGGCAUUGACGGAAGUUCGCUGCUUGAUGAGCCGUUGAAAGAUCUUUCCCUUCUUCUUGCGACAUUUAUUGGGCGCAAGGGCCAUAUAAACUUCCCUAACUUCUACGACAAAGUAGCAGGACUAAGCAAGGCAGAGGAAGACCGAUAUAAUGCUAUCACGGAGGCGCUGCUUCCAUUGCACCCUCAAAUCGAAGAUAGCGAGGAGUUCGCCAGGUCUCUGAUGUAUAGAUGGAGAGAGCCGUCUUUUACCGUCCACUCGAUCGAGGUGCCCAGCAACAAAAAUACUGGAACCACGAUAUCUCGGCGAGCAAAGGCAACUUUGUCCGUGCGAAUCGUACCUAAUCAAUCCGCGGAUGAGAUUGCGUCUGCACUGACGGCUUUUGCGCAGGAGCAGUUUGAUCUGUUAGAAUCCCAAAAUGAGCUCACAGUUGAGAUCACAGGUAAAUCGGAUCCAUGGUUAGGCGAUCCUGAUAACGAGAUAUUCGGCACAUUGGCCGAAGCUAUUACCGUAGCAUGGACACCAGACUCGGAUGACAAACGACAUAACUAUCCCCAACUCCAAUCGAAAACAGUCACACGCCCGUUUGGAUCGGAACUCAUUCGCAGCGAGUCAAACGACAGCGUCGCAUCUCACAUUGACCGAAUUAUCUCAUCCUCGACCACCUCGCAUAAAAGGAAGUCCACAAGGAAACAAAACACCACCAACGCGACCACGGUGCCAACCUCAUCAACCCUAACUGGGAAACAAGCCAGAACCAACGGAUCGAGCAGCGCUGACGAAAGCGAACAUGGAGAUGAUCUGUUUUUCUCAUCUACCUCUUCUUCACUGCCAGCUGGGCUAUCCUCAAACCACCAGUUGCGCGCAGGUUUUCAACAUCAAACAGCCACCGCAGCGCGGGCUGCGCAGGGACCAAAUGUAACGCCUGUGAAGCCAAUCUACAUUCGUGAGGGGGGCUCAAUUCCUACGAUCCGAUUUUUGGAAAAGGAGUUUUCGGCACCGGCAGCUAAUUUGCCAUGUGGGCAGGCUAGUGACAAUGCUCAUUUGGAUAAUGAGCGACUUCGUGUGAUGAAUUUAUAUAAGAGUCGGGAAAUUUUCGGAUGGGUGUUUGAAAAGUUACCUCAGCGGGUUGAUUAA